CCGACACACAGAGCAGGCAUUCAUACUUGGGCAGCGCGAGCGAGGGGGCUCGUGAGCGAGCGUCACAUUGGAAACUCGGGAACUCACGGACUCUCGUGUUAAACCGGCGACCUCCUUUUCUCAUUACUGAAGUCGUUGCUGUUGGAUUUCAACCGCGGGACAAACGGAGGAGAGAGUGAAGGGGAAGUCAGGAGGGAAGUGAGAGCGGGAGAGUUUGGCGCAGGCAGUUGUGCAUUAGCAGGUAAACUGGGGUCCAAGGUGCGCACUGAGCCGCCUAUGAUACCAACAAUACGGAUGGAAAGAACUUUAAUGUGGAACCCUCACAGAGUUUUGCAACGGAGGCUGAGAGUAGAGACAGACUGGCAGUUUAUAUUAUAACUUAAAGGAUCAGACACAGCAGUCAGUCGUUCUCUCAGUGCGCCACUCUAGGGAUAAACGGCAACAGGGACCCGACAGGUAGAGCUGAGCAUUUAGGAACGAACCUUGCAUCCUCCACGCACCUGGAGGCUUGUGUGUGUGUAUGAAGAUGUCCAGAGAGGAGCAGAGCUUGUCGGAGGUGGAGCUCAGUCCCGGGAUGUCAGACGACAGUCGCUCCCUGUCACCGGGCCAUUCCUCCGGUGCGACCGGGGGGGGCGACUCGCCUGUCCACGGGCAGCAGCAGCCGCAACUGCCAGGUCUGGACGACUCGGCAGCGGGCGGCUCAUCCACCAAAUCCGAAGAUGAGGACGACCGUUUCCCCGCAGGCAUCCGUGAUGCAGUGAGCCAGGUGCUCAACUGCUACGACUGGACACUCGUGCCCAUGCCCGUGCGCGUGAACAGCGGAAGCAAGAACAAGCCGCACGUGAAGAGGCCCAUGAACGCCUUCAUGGUGUGGGCGCAGGCGGCGCGGAGGAAGCUGGCCGACCAACACCCGCACCUGCACAACGCAGAGCUCAGCAAAACUCUGGGGAAGCUCUGGAGGCUUCUUAAUGAGAGUGAUAAACGACCCUUCAUCGAGGAGGCAGAGAGGCUGCGGAAGCAGCACAAGAAAGACUAUCCUGACUACAAAUACCAGCCACGACGCCGCAAAAGCGGAAAGCCUGGUUCUGGGUCAGGAAGUGAGGCCGAUGGCCAUUCGGAGGGUGAGGUCAGCCACAGCCACUACAAGGGCCUCCAGCUGGAUGUUGCCCUCAGUAGGGCAGCCGGAUCCCCUCUGGCAGAUGGUCACCACCCUCAUGCAGCAGGUCAGAGUCACAGUCCUCCCACACCUCCCACCACUCCUAAAACCGAGCCUCAGUCUGGGAAGGCGGGGGAUGGAAAGCGGGAGGGUGCUGGGAAUGGGGGCUCCCGUGGCGCAAUGGGAACAGAGGGAAGCUCAGGUGCUCCGGGAUCUGGUAAACCUCACAUUGACUUUGGUAAUGUGGACAUUGGUGAGAUGAGUCACGAGGUGAUGGCCAAUAUGGAGCCUUUUGAUGUCAACGAGUUUGACCAGUACCUUCCCCCCAAUGGACACCCGGGGAUUGGGCAGAGUGCUGGUGCAGCAGCAACUGCAACAGCUUCUACGGCCUCUCCAUACAGCUACGGCAUCUCCUCAGCUCUGGCAGUAGCCAGUGGACACUCAGCAGCCUGGCUCUCCAAGCAGCAGCAGCAGCAGCCGCUGCAACAUCAUGGCCCCCCUCUGGGCUCAGAUCCCUCCAAGGCCCAGAUCAAGAGCGAGGCCGGGGGUCACUUUGCAGAGGCAGCCUCGGUAGGUUCCCAUGUCACCUACACCCCACUCAGCCUUCCUCACUACAGUUCUGCCUUCCCCUCCCUGGCCUCUAGGGCUCAGUUUGCUGAAUAUGCUGACCACCAGGCCUCAGGGUCAUACUACGCCCACUCCGGCCAAGCCUCGGGGCUGUACUCUGCCUUCUCUUACAUGGGGCCCUCCCAGAGACCCCUGUACACUGCCAUCAGUGACCAAGCCAGCGUACCGCAGUCACACAGCCCCACUCACUGGGAACAGCCCAUCUACACAACACUGACGCGGCCAUGACAGACAACGAGACCAGAGAGCACUGGUGCAGGUUCAGCCCCCAUGUCAGACCUACGAAGCAGCAGCAGCAACAUUAGCAAUGUUGGCGGUAUCUGUGGAGGAAGUGGUAUGGGCAGGGGGGAGUGGACAAGCACUGGGGGAGUCGGCAGUGGUGGCAGGAGGGGAGAAACCCCGUACUGGCCCUGCCAGAAUGCAGAAAUGCUGUCACAGCCCAAGGAUGAGCUUGGUGCGUGGUGCUUUUGAAGCGUGGUUGAUUAUUUGGGGCACUCAGCGUAGUAGUCAGAGAAUGUAUUACUUUACAGCCGCCAUCGCAGAGUCCCAGGUUAGAUUCUCGGCAGCCUCUCGCGCUCCAAACAACACAAUGGGCAGUGUUCCUAAGUGGUAAAGGAUCAUGUCCCUGUCAGUUUUGUGUAUCAGAGGGGCCACAUUGUAGUCUACAGCCCUCUUCUACAUGCCACAAGGGGUCAGUAGCAACAGAGACCCUGGUACGCAUUGAGAAUUAGCAAGACUUUGAUCUGUAUUGUGGAGGGUGUGACUCAGAUGGAGCCAAACUCAUUCUAUAUGAAAUGAUUUUUUGUACCAGUGACAAACUACUUGGCUGUGGCCCAUUCACUUCUCAGGCAAGAUUGACCUUUAAUCAAACAAAUGUAAGUUUUGUAUUGAUUUCGGAAAUCAAUACAACAAAUACUGAUAUCAUUCUGUUGGUUUCUGAGGCACAUUUGUCCCUAUUUAAUUCAAAUGAUUAUGCUGUGUUCACUUAACAUGCCUUUUGUACACACAAUGGACGUGCAUGGAAGCAAAACGCCAUAAAACUUUUACGGUUUUGUCAAGUGAAAUGUGUAUUUAGUCAAACAACAAUUUGUAAUGAUGAUGACUGACUAUUAUCAGGAAAGUUUAUACAAUGUACUUGAAAUUACAAUUGUACGUUUAUUGAUGCAUACAGAUUUGAGAUAUUUGUAAAAAACGACCAAAGUUUUGAGACCAAAACGUAUAGAAAAGAAACUGGUUUUACGGACGUUUCUCCCAACGUAACACUCAAAACUACCUUGCGUUAUAUUAGGUAAUUAGUUUUCUUUUAGUUGUCAACAUUUUUCCAAUGUGAUUGUAAAUGCCUUAAAGGAAUACUUCACUGCCAAAAUGACCAUUUGUAUAUCAAUUAUUCACCCCGUAUUACCUUGAAUUCUUAAGGAAAUUAGUUCAUUCUUUGUUGCAUUUUUGCUAAAAGAUCCACAUGUUUGGGAAGUAGUGAGCACACGACUGGAUCAUACUGCACGAGUUGUAAACGAAGAUUCUUCGAUACUUUUUGAUUCUUCGUUUACCGUGGAGGCAAGCGAGAAAACAUUUUCUUAACUUAUUCAAGGUAACACGAUGUGAGUCAUCGAUAGACACAUUAUUAGGCCUGGGCGAUAUGGCUAAAAUCUUCCAUCCCCAUUUAGGUCAUUUCAUAUCUCGACAACGAUAUAUUUGAUGAUAUAGCAUGUUUUCAGGUAAUUUGAUAAAUAAAUAGUCUAUAUGAACUUACCCUUUUCUCAUUGAAUUAAUUAAAGUAGAAAUUAUAGAGAAAGAUAAAUAACUUUUUUCCAGCUAUACACUGACUAUGUUUACAUGC